AUGUAUAGUGGAACAGUACAAAUAGACAGAGAUGUUGUUGUUGAAAUGUUAAAGUUGGCUAAUAAUUUAUUGAUGCUUAGACUUAAAAAUCUCUGUGCUGAUUAUCUUAUGCGGUAUAUUGAUGUUUCUAAUUGUUUGUGUGUUAGAGAUCUAGCGACUCGUUACAAUUUACCGCGUUUACAUACUCGAGCUUCUGAAUUCUUUGAUAGCAAUAUAAGUGGAUGUUUGUUAGAGAAUACAGAUUUACUUGAAUAUGAGGCUUCACAACUUCUUUCACUUUUGGAAGAAGCUCAGCAUAUAAAUAAUGUUCUUCCAGAUGUUUAUUUAGGUUUAAUUGUUCGUUGGGUUGGAUAUAAACUUUCUGAGCGAGAACAGUUAUUUCCCUUUUUACUUGGAAGAUGCAAUAUUCAGCAAAUAUUACCUGCAAAACUUGAACGUCUUCUUGAUUUUAAUCCUUUUUUCAAUCAAUCAGAAAUUUCACUUCAUGCUAUUUUACAAGAAAUGUAUUUAAUUAAUUUUUUUAUUUUAACAUAUUUAAUUUUCCAAAGGCAUAAUCAAGGUAUUCAAAUGCCUAAAUAUGAAUUGCGGUAUAGGAAUCUUGUACAACGUAUUUGUGGAGACAAAAAUUCAGAUGUAACUCAACGACGCCGAAGUUGUUCAGUAACUGGGUUGGGAGGUGGAAACAUCACUGGUAGUCAACAUUAUGUCAAUUCAUCUUUGGAUAUAAAACGUUCACAUGUUGGUAUUGACGAAGAUGAAGGUGAUCCCGAAUUUGUGUCAGAGAUUGGACAUUUUUCAACACAACAUUGCACAAACUUUCAAUCAAAUCUUCAACGUCCAUGUGAAUCUGAAACUGCAAUUUCUAAUAGUAAUUCAGCAAUGCGACAAUGCCCUUCUGGUUCUCUUAAAUUAAAAAUACAUUUGCCUGUGAAACAAAAACAAUUUCUCGACAAAUCAAUGAAUCGUAGAUUAAUAGGAUUAAAAUUAUAUCGAAAAUCAAUUGCUUCUGCUACUGGGAAAGCAUUUCGACGAAGAGGAAGACCACCAAAACUACGACCACCUAGGCCUCUCACCGAUUUUACAGGCGUUGAUGAGGAGCCUAAUUCAAUUUUCUUUGAAUUUGCUGAAGAAACAGAAGGGUCAAUUCCGGCUGUUGUUUUUGAUGAGGAAGAAGAUGAAUUUGACCCCGAAAGAGUUGAAUUUUUUGAAGCACAGGAUGAGCACCAGAUUCGCCAAAAUUUAUUUACUAGUGGAAAACAAAAAAGUUUAGAGAAAAAUCCAUUAAAUAAUGAAAUUGAAAGAGAGUUUUCAAAUAAAGCUCUAUCAAUGCAAUGCCCACAUUGUUCUUUUUCUACUCACCAUGGAAUUGUCCAUUUACGCAAACAUAUAACUGCAACACAUUCAAAAAAUGUUCUCUACGUUUGUAAUAAAUGUGAUUCGUGUACUUAUUCUGUUGAUAGACUUCCUGUUUUGCUUACUCAUCGUUUAAUUCAUACAAAUGAAAAACCUCUUAAAUGUCCUGAUUGUUCUUUUCGAUGUCGUAACAAAUCUAAUAUGAUUGUCCAUUAUCGUUUACAUUCUGGAGAGAAACCUUUUCAAUGCAAUAUUUGUUCAAAGCGUUUUGUUCUUAAAAGAACUUUAGAAAAUCAUUCAAUUACACACCAAGACGAACGACCAUUUCUUUGUGAUCAAUGCAAUUUUAGUACAAAAUAUCAAUCUCAUUUAAUAUCUCAUAAACGAAUUCAGUUUAGUUUAUUUUUAUGUUUUAAAUCUUUUUUUAGUUCUGGUGAUUUAUAUCGAUGCCACAUUCCUGAUUGUGAUUAUUCAUCACCAAAGAAAAUGCGUUCACAUAAAUGUCGGACAUGUCACCGUUCUUUCAUUGAAAAGUCUCAUUUGGUAAGACAUGAACGUAUUCAUUUGGAAGAAAAACCAUUUAAAUGUCAAAAUUGUGAUUAUGCUUCGUCUAGACGAGACAAAUUAAAAGAACAUAUUAUUAAACACCACAAUAAUCAAGGAAAUAAUACUAAACUUUUGAAACGUAGAUAUCGUCGUGCUCGCCAAUUACAACAAUUAAUCGCACAAGGAAAGUUAUUGCCAUCUACUGCUUCAUCAGAGCCUUCUACAUCAAAUCCUCAACAACCUUCACAAACUAACUUCUUUCGUCCUAUAAUGAUUAAUGACCAACAACAACAUAUUAAUCAACAACACCAAAAAUCCCGACAAUUUUGUCAAAAUAAUUCAAAUCAAAAUCAAUUUUUAGGACAACAACAGCCUCAGAAUAGAUAUGUAUAUAGUAAUUUAGAGGCUUUAAAUGUUGCUGGUUAUAGUGGAUCUAUGGCUAUGAUUUCUGGAGGAAGUCAACAGGAAUAUCCACAGCAACCACAACAAUGCCAUCAAAUGAAUCGUCCACUUUCUGUGCAGCCAAUAAUGGUAACUAAUAAUUGUGGUCCUACUGAUUUAGUGAGCCCUUCAUGUUUUUCUAUGGCUACAGACUUUCAAGAUAAUAUAUGCAAUUCUGGAUCGAUUAGAAUGAAUGUACAAUUGCAGCAACAACAACAACCAACACAGAUUACAAAUUCCAUUGGUCAACAAAAUUCUAGCACUCCAGGACCACCUUCUAUGGCAAUGCUUGAUAAUACUGGAAAUAAUGGGUCGUGUUCACAACCCCAGCAGCAAUUUCAUCGAGAACUACAAAAUUUAGCGAAUGCUAACUUCUUUCCCCAAUUCGACCCCCAUAAACAACAGCAAUACCAAGGAAGUGUUGGUGCUGUUGGUCCACAGAUGUUGGGUACUGGUCUUCUCUUCUCGAGUGCACAGCUAUUUUGCGAUCCUCAUAACACACAACAUCAGCAGCCACAACAACAACAACAAAUGUCCAUCGAUCAACAACACGAGCAACAACAGUUGCAACAGCAAUUGAAUCGGCCAAUGAGUUUACCAAAUUAUGGUGCUGGUAAUAACGUAAAUAUUCAACAGCUACAACAAGAAUCCCAUCAUUCACAUAUGGACCAACAAAAACAAGAUUUACACAAUUAUCAGAAUUUAGAACAGACUUUGAAUAUUGAACAAUGGCAGGAACAACAACAUUAA